AUGAUCGAUCUCUCGCAAGAGCAGCCAGCAUCAGUCGAGCCUCCCGAGCCAAGCAUUGCCGACAAGCGAUGGCUGUAUGCCAAAAUCCUCAGUGCCGGCUUCUCUUUCUUUGUCGCCGGGGUCAAUGAUGGGAGUUUGGGCUCAUUGGUCCCCUAUGUGAUCCGCUCCUACCAUGUGAGCACCAACCUUGUCGUCGUGGUCUACGUAUCAACCUUCGCAGGAUGGCUGUUGGCCGCCGUGACCAACAGCGCCCUCUGUCAGUAUCUCGGCCUCGGAGCUAUCCUGGCCCUGGGCGCAGCCCUUCAAGUGCUCUCCCACGCCCUUCGAGCCUGGCUGCCCCCGUUUUCGCUUUAUGUCGUCACCUUCUUUCUCGCCAGUCUAGGUCAAGCGUACAAUGACACUCACGCCAAUACCUAUGUUGCGUCCGUCAAUGCCGCCCAUCGUUGGUUGGGGUUUAUCCAUGCCAUGUACAUGGCAGGGUGCUUGGUCGGUCCAUUGGUGGCCACGGCUGUGGCAUCGGCGGGAACAACUUCGCAGUGGAAUCUGUUCUAUCUGGCGCCUCUGGGCCUGGGGGUUCUUAAUUUAGCAUUUGUGCUGACGGCGUUCCACAACCAGCUCGCAAUCAAGUCUGCUACUUCCGACCCUUCACCACAGGGACUGCGAGAUGAUCCUCAUUCCCACCCCCACUCCAAGAGUCACCGUGCGCUAGUCGAGAUCAAGAAUACUCUGCGCGUGCCCACGGUCUGGCUUGCCAGUCUGUACUUCUUCUUUUUUCUUGGAGCGGCCAUUACCGCUGGAGGCUGGAUGGUUGAAUAUCUCGUCAAAGUGCGGCACGGCAAUCUGGAUGCGAUGGGAUAUGUCCCCACUGGGUUCUAUGGAGGCGCUUUCCUGGGCAGGUUGCUUUUGGCUGAGCCCACCUUCCGACUCGGAGAACGGCGGAUGAUCUUUCUCUAUGCCGUAAUAUGUGUGGGACUGCAGCUAGUCUUCUGGCUGGUGCCGAAUAUCAUCGUCGAGGCGGUCGCAAUCUGCGUUCUAGGGUUCUUUUCUGGACCAUUCUUUGCCGCUGGUAUAUCGGUCGCCUCGAAGAUAUUUCCGCCAGAUGUUCGGAGUUCAGCAAUUGCAUUUGUAUUUGUGUUUGGACAGAUCGGAGGCUCUUUGUUCCCCGUCUUGACCGGGAUCCUUUCAGCCCGCACAGGAGUUAAAGUCCUGCAGCCUAUGCUUGUGGCCCUACUCUGUGCUACGGCGAUUAGCUGGCUCCUCUUGCCUAAGCCGCCGAAACCACGCGAUUAG